AUGCAUCGCGUUGACGAUGAGCUCACCGUCGGGCGGAAGGUUUACGUUGGAAAUUUGGACCCCGAGACCACCUCUUCAGAGCUUGACGAAGUAUUCCGACGUUAUGGGAAACUGAGUAAUAUUUGGGUAGCGCGGAACCCUCCCGGAUUUGCAUUUGUAACAUUCGAGGAUGCACGCGACGCCCGAGACGCGGUCGAGGCGACAGACGGCAUUUUGCAUCGCGAGAAGUAUCCCGGUUACAGCAGUGAGGGGAGCGAAUACAAUGACCAUCACGGUCGAAGAGGCCGUAGUCGCAGCCGCAGCGGCGAUCGGAGACGGUCCUACAGCCCCCGUCGUCGUAACUAUUCAGAUGAUGAGCGCGAUUUCAGAGCAUCCAGGGGGAGGAGAUAG